GGCAGUAUCAAACCACAGUCCUUAAGGACAUUAUAGACACACUCUCCGCAAAUGAGUGUCAACUCCUUCCGGCAAUUCUCCAUAUUUCACAUUACAUUUUACACGAAUUUCAGUGCAUUAUAAGUCCUUGGAUGGUGCUGCCUGAUCCGAAUUUGUUAAUUUAGGUGGUGAAUUUUCAUUGAAAAAUUUGUUGUGUGUGUGUAUUUUAAGUUGGGCUAUAGUGAAGAAAAUCCUCCCAAGAAGAAAAAAAAGGGAUAAAAGAGAGACUACCCUUCCCCUAUUUUGUGCCAUUUAAUCGAACACAGAAGGGUGGAUUGAAUUAUUUAGUGAAUUGUUUGGAUUAAGAAAAAGAAUGUGAAUGGUGUGUAAUGGAAAAUCCAGAAUUUGUGGCAUUUGGGAAAAUUUGCCAAAGGUGCAGCACCCAAGGAGUAAUAGGCAACAUUUGAAACAUACUGCUGAAAUAUUGAUUUUUCCCCGCAAAAGAUGGCGACGAGCUUUUCACCACUGAAUAUCGACAAAAUUGUCUCAAUUUACUCGUGAUUUGCCACUUUGGUAAUUUUCACAAAAUUUUCCUCAACAACAGUGGGUGUCCCUUGUCCCCUGAAUUUGCCCAUUUCUUGGGUAAAUCCUUCAGUGAGGCAACUUUUGCUGCACCUUUUCGUCCUCUUUACGUCUUUGGCAUCGGACACCGAAAAGACAUUUCCCAAAAGAACGAGGAGUGUGCAUCACCCCUCAUACCCUAAUAUUAGUGAACUUCUGCAUUUUAACAUCAACGAGCAUGCAACUCGGAGACUUUUCACCAUUUUCACCAACUGCCGGAAAUGUAUGUGGAAGACAAUUGCCAUAGAGGCAAAAGAUUAAAGUGGUGGAAUCUGUGAGACGAUAACGGUGCUAGAGGAGAAAAAUAGGAUUAAAAGGAGAGUGGAAAAUAGUCAAACAAACAUCAUGCAGAAAGAAGGCAAUUCCACGGGGGAAAAUUACCAAUAUGUGGGCCCCUAUAGACUGGAAAAGACCCUGGGUAAGGGUCAAACAGGCCUCGUAAAGCUCGGUGUCCACUGUGUUCUGGGCAAAAAGGUGGCCAUCAAAAUAAUCAACAGAGAGAAAUUGAGCGAAUCUGUGUUGAUGAAGGUCGAGAGAGAAAUUGCCAUUAUGAAGUUAAUCGACCAUCCACAUGUGCUUGGACUCUCGGACGUCUACGAGAAUAAGAAAUACUUGUAUCUUGUGCUGGAACACGUGUCAGGUGGAGAACUCUUUGAUUAUCUGGUGAAGAAGGGUCGAUUAACGCCCAAAGAAGCUCGAAAAUUCUUUCGCCAGAUUAUCUCAGCUCUGGAUUUCUGUCACUCCCACUCAAUCUGCCAUCGUGAUCUAAAGCCUGAGAAUUUGCUGCUGGAUGAGAAGAACAAUAUCAAAAUUGCAGACUUUGGGAUGGCCUCCCUCCAGCCAGCCGGUUCAAUGCUAGAAACAUCCUGCGGAUCUCCUCAUUAUGCCUGUCCAGAAGUUAUCCGUGGCGAGAAGUACGAUGGACGGCGGGCUGACGUAUGGUCAUGUGGUGUGAUCCUCUAUGCAUUGCUAGUGGGUGCUCUACCUUUUGACGACGAUAACCUACGGCAAUUGCUGGAAAAAGUGAAGCGUGGUGUCUUUCACAUUCCACACUUUGUGCCACCCGACUGCCAGAGCCUUCUACGUGGCAUGAUCGAGGUUAAUCCCGACAAGAGGCUCACAUUGCAGGAAAUCAAUCGCCAUCCAUGGGUGACGGCGGGUGGAAAGGGUGAACUAGAACUGGAACUGCCAAUGAUGGAGGUGGUACAGACACACGUGAUCCCAUCUGCAUCUGCCGUUGAUCCAGACGUCUUAAAUGCAAUCUGCUCAUUGGGAUGUUUUAAGGAAAAGGAAAAACUCAUCCAAGAACUUCUCAGUCCAAACCACAAUACGGAAAAGGUUAUUUACUUCUUAUUACUGGAGCGGAAAAGACGGAGACCCGCACUGGAAGAUGACGAUGAACUGGGACGCACCCGCAGUGAUACAACUGAAACACCCGAUCCACCAAGAAAGAGACUGGAUACAUGUCGCAUUAACGGACAAAAUGUGGCGGCGUUCGGGCAGAUCAGUGAGGGCUCACCCCUCACACCGCGUCGACAGGCAUUCAACUUCCGCUCUUACAGCAACGGCCGGAGUCACAAUCGCCGAUCGCCAUCUUCGGCGCCAUCAACACGCUCCUCCUCAUACCACAGUCCCACUAGGACUCCAGCUGCCCUCAGUUCCGCCAGUCAGACGUCAGGUUCACGUCCAGCAUCACCAGCUCUUCAAGCCAGACACUCAACACAUGGAAGUUCUGUUAUUCCCACAAAUCGUAAUUCACUGCAACCACCAACAGCUGCCAUCAUCUCAGCCGAUCAGUCUCCUGCUCACCAUCGUGCUAACUCUGGACCCACGAUCAAUAUCAGCCUCUUCCCGGAUGCAGACGCCAAUAGCCUGCAACUUUCUGUCAUGACACCACCAGGAUCACCUCAUUUAGGCGGAGGUCCUCCGCCAAUAAUGACCGGAUCAACGUGUGCUUCAACGGCUGGCCAAUUGUGGAAGAAUCGUUUAACAAAUAUCAAAAACAGUUUUCUAGGCAGUCCUCGUUUCCACCGGCGGAAACUUCAAGUAUCCUCAGAUGAAGUUCACUUAACGCCAGAUUCAUCUCCUGAACUUACAAAACGUUCGUGGUUUGGGAAUUUGAUGACUACGGAAAAAGAUGAAACGUUUACGGUGCUUGUGAAGGGUAAGCCUCUUGCAACAGUCAAGGCUCAUCUUAUUCACGCAUUCCUCUCUAUGGCUGAGUUGUCGCACAGUGUCAUAUCGCCAAUGUCCUUCCGUGUGGAGUACAAGCGCAAUGGCACAGGUCCAGCCAUGUUUCAGCGUCAUGUGCGCUUCCAAGUGGAUAUAAGUGCAAUAUGCAAGCAAGGAGAUGUUGCAGAUAUGCUCUUUGCAAUCACUUUCACCCUACUUUCAGGCAAUAUUCGUCGCUUUCGUCGAAUAUGUGAACAUAUUCAGUCCCAGGUUUGCUCAAAACGGUUCCCGAUGCCAAGUAGUCCACCGGGACCAUCAACAGUGUCCCAAGCGGUAUCGGAAAGUUCCUCCUGCGGAUCAGACUCAAGCGAAAGGUUGUGCUACAAGAGACAGUUCUUACAGAUUGAAAAUGAACUGGAAAAUGAGACUAUCUUUGACAUGAAAACGUCCACGGGACGAAGAUCAUCUGCCAGUACGAAUAACAAUAAUACAACUACACCAGGAGAUCCUGGAAGUCCGAAAACAGUUAGAUCAAACUCUGAAUCGUCAGAUCACGAACGAUUGCGUGAUCGUGCAGAGGAACGCCCUACGACGAUGUCAGGCAGUGCAAUCGCAUGAGAAUUAUUUCUCUGAUUUAGUUGCCGAUUAAAUAGGAUUUUACUUAAAACAUCAUCACCAUCAGCAACGACACAUUCAUCGCAAGACAUCAUUGUUAGUCCAACAAAAGCAUGCUGCUCAUCGGACAUCAUCCGGAUGACCAUUUAUGCUUUGGUACCCGUUUCAGCUAUUGCAGCCCUCUUCUUUUGCAAACAAACCGCCGACAGCUCCAACAGAAAUUUGUGAAAUGGGUUUUGCUGACCACACACCAUUGGUGAGAUGAAUCUUUUUUAAUCGAGAAAAUUGGAAAA